GGCCGCGCUGUUGUCAAUAUGGCUGGGGCUGUACCUGCGGCUGCAGGAAGGAGGAAGUCUCAUUCAUGGUAGAGUUGCCGGGUUUCUCUCCGCUCGCCCAUCACAGACAGCGGUGCCCCCGGCGUCCCGUGCCUCGGAAGGAGGGAAGCCGGGGCGCCCCAGCAUGCACUGAUUGGAUUGGCCGAGCCAGGGAGCUGGAGGCACCAUGUCCUUCUUCCGCAGGAAAGGCAAAGGAAAAGAUCAAGAUAAGCCAGAUGUAAAGAUAUUUAGAGCUCAAGCACCGGCAUCAGUACAUUCCCCUUCAAGAAGUCCGAAAAACAAUGCUUUGUUGGAGGCUGCGGGACCCAGCUAUGUGGCUAUCAAUGCCAUCUCAGCUAACAUGGACUCCUAUUCAAGUAGCAGAACUGCAGCCCUCAAGAAGCACCCGAUGCACAUGGAAGCAACACAUUUUGGAGAUCUUGGUCGAUCGUGUCUGAAGUAUGAGGCCCAAGAGACAAAGUCCAGCCUUUCAAAAUCACUGGAUCAGGUGCUACAAGAUAAUGUGGCUCUCCCAUAUUUUAUCCAGUUUAUGGAACUCAGGAGAAUGGAACAUUUGGUGAAAUUCUGGCUAGAAGCUAAAAGUUUUCACUCCACUACAUGGUCUAGAAUAAGAGCUUACAGUUUAAACACAGUCAAGCACAGCUCACUGGCAGAACCAGUAUCACCAUCUCUGAAAAGACCAGACUUGUCUCUAGCGUCUGUGGAUGAGCAGUCCCAGGAUUUCUCUAAAAUACCACAUCAUACAUCUAGGUUGAAAGGACCAGACACGGGCGCAAAACAGGACAGUGCUUCAAACCAUUUAGGAACUAAACAGAAGACUCGAGGCCCACCAAGCAUCCACCUUGAACUGUGCCCUGAUCAAACUUUGCCCCAUAAUGAGCAGUCUUCCAUGCAUACCACCUCAGCAAAGAACACCCCCACACAUACAGGACUUAAAGAUAUGUCUCAGAAGUUUAUGAAGAGUAUAGAGCGAGAUGCUGUUCACACUUUCACUAAGUACAUUUCUCCAGAUGCUGCUAAACCAAUCCCAAUCAGCGAGGAAAUCCGAAGCGAUAUAGUUGCUAAGAUUUGUGGGGAGGAUGGCCAAGUGGAUCCCAAUUGCUUUGUUACAGCACAGUCCAUAGUGUUCGACGCCAUGGAACAAGAGCACUUUCAAGAAUUUCUGCGCAGUCACCAUUUUUGUAAAUACCAGAUUGAGGUGUUGACCAGUGGAACUGUAUAUCUGGCUGACAUCCUCUUCUGUGAAUCCGCACUCUUCUACUUCUCAGAGUACAUGGAGAAGGAAGAUGCAGUUAAUAUAUUGCAGUUCUGGUUGGCUGCAGAUAACUUUCAGUCUCAACUGGCUGCUAAAAAUGGGCAGUAUGAUGGGCAGGAAGCGCAAAAUGAUGCAAUGAUAUUAUAUGAUAAGUAUUUCUCCUUACAAGCUACGCAUCCUUUGGGUUUUGAUGACUCUGUGCGGCUGGAAAUUGAAUCCAACAUCUGUAGGGAGGGUGGUCCCCUCCCAAACUGCUUUACUACUCCAUUACGUCAGGCCUGGACCACCAUGGAAAAGGUAUUCUUGCCUGGCUUCCUCUCCAGCAAUCUCUACUAUAAGUACUUGAAUGAUCUCAUCCACUCAGUGCGAGGUGAUGACUAUAGCUGGAGUGGAGCAGGGAAUCCCAGUCAGGGGGGCCAAGGCACUCCGAACCAUUCACCCUACAUAAGCGCUGCAGAUAAUCCUGGCUCCCAGCCUGGAGUCAAAAAGAGCAAUGUUAAAAUACUGAAAAAUUUUGAUGAAGCAAUAAUUGUUGAAGCUGCAAGUCUGGAUCCUGAAUCUCUGUACCAACGAGCAUAUGCAGGGAAAAUGACUUUUGGUACAGUCAGUGACUUGGGACAGUUCAUUAGGGAAGCUGAACCUGAGCCAGAUGUGAAGAAAUCUAAAGGUUCUAUGUUCUCCCAAGCUAUGAAGAAAUGGGUCCAAGGAAACUCUGAUGAGGCCCAAGAAGAAAUGGCUUGGAAGAUUGCAAAGAUGAUUGUUAAUGAUGUCUUGCAGCAGGCACAGUGGAGUCCUUCUCCAGAGCAAUCUACAAAGAUAUGAUAAUGUAAAGAUGCCUGGCCGAAUGCAUCUCCCCUAUGUUCUCUGGGAUAUUUGCUUCACUCAUGGAUUCAGACUUGCAGAAGAAGCAAUUGAACUUGUGCAGCUGGGUUUGGGGGUCCCGGAACAAGAUCAAGAGGAAAGAAAGCCUCCCCUCAGAUUCCUCCCACAGAUCUGCUAUCCCUUAUUAUCUUCACAGACUUUGCACAAGUGCACAUUGCAUUUGCUAUUAUGAAGGGUUUUGUUGAAAUGAAGUGCAGACCUGGUGGUUGGUAGGUGAGCAGCAAAGGGACCGCCGCAGAGUAUUUUGCAAAUCAAACAUGCACUUAUACACAAUCAAGAAGUGUCUAUUACGGGGUUUUCCCAUGUGUCCCUCUAGUGGUAGCUGAACUCAAGCCCUCAUUAGCACAUUUAUAUAGCGGAGCUGCAGUGCAGUAGCUGAUGGUGCACCACGGGAUGGAUGUUUCUUUAGGUUCAUACAUAGGUCUGGUGUAGUCCUUACAAUUACAGCAUAGAGUUCCCUUUUCAAAUUAAGUUUAUUAUAAAUGUGCAGUAGCCCAAAGCCAUUUGUGUUGCUUCCCUGAGUCCAACUGGCUCACUUCUCAUUCAUUAAACACAGGAGAUUGGCUGCAGCUUUUGGUUUUUAUUUGGGAUGCUGGAAGCAUCAAUGUGGCUCUUGGGAACCUUUUAGAGUUAAACUGGUUUCAGACCUACCUAAAGCUUUAGUAAUAUUAGCUUAGAGUCCAUUCAGUUAGUAAGUACCCAAGUCACGGGAAUCUUCACAUAUAGCUAGAAACAUCCCCACACAUUUGCAUGCAGCCUUUAUAAUGAUAUUUUAAGCAUAGUAUUAAAUAGCACUCCUAUGAGGGUCUGCUUACAACUCCUUGAGCUUGGUAGCCAGAGUCUUUAUCCUGUGUUCAUUUCUUGUGUUGCACUUGGCUUUGAUUUACUGUGUCAGCCCAAUGCAUAUUCCCUGUAAACUUUAUCAUGUCUUGAUAUUUCAGCAAUAGGUUUCAUAGAAGAGGCUCCUUCCCUAAUGAGAUUAUAUACCUGGCCAUUGCUUAUCACCAUUGCAGGCCCGUAUUGUCCAAAAAAUUGUUUCUCCCCCCCCCCGGAGGUAUGGGUUAAUAAAGCGACCUGCACCAGAAGGGAGCUCCUGGGUGUAACAUCACCUUAGGGUGUCACAGGUAAUCAAUACAAACCAAAGAUCAAAUCUUUGAGUCUAGUGACAAAAACACUGAAGUGUGGCUUACAGGAAAAUAUAUAUAUAUAUAUAUAUAACAACAUGAAUUUCUCAACCUCACUAAACUGAUGUCAAACUAAAGCAAUUCAGCAGUCCAUAUCCCAUAGGCAAAUAUUUAAGAUUUAAACUGGGUUGAGUGAAUUUAAAGGUAAACAAAAUACUGGCAAAAUUGGAUUACAGUGCUCCUGCCAGGCCUGUAAACUAGUAAAUGUUUUUGUGGGAGGCUGUUGAUUGACUGCCAAUAAUGAACACAAUAACACUGUAAAGAACCAAGGCUUAAGCAGUGGCAGACAUGCACCAAUCAUUUUAAGCCAGGCACUACUCAAGGCUGCUGUUACCCAGUGGGUCAGUGACUUAUGGGCACAGAAAUUCUAAUACCUGCACUCAUCGGUAGUUGCUUGUGGCAUACCGCCUGAAAGCAUAGCAGCAUUUAGUGGCGCGGGAUGGCAGUAUCCUUUUAAUGCACGCUGCUUCCACAAAAACAAGCUGUAUGGUAGGCCCUUAUUAUUCUGCUUUACUUAUAGGUUCUAGCUUUAUUACAUAUAGAUUGCUGGGAGACAAGGACCACUAGAACUCCUUAAUGGACCUAUGUGUGCCCACCCCUCUAGUAAACCUGAUCAGAUUUAACCGAUGUAUGCAGAACUGCUAUAGGCACAACAAUGUGAAUCUCUAUCUCCAUGUUGAAACGGUAAAGAAGGCGACAAAGCAACAUCUCAGUAAUUUAAUGUACAAGCUGUAUAAGGGGGGGGGGGGGGUCUUGUAAAUCAAACUGGUUGUAGUUGGGGAACAUUUUAAUAUUGGAUUGAAUUUAAGUUGUAUUUUUUAUUACGACACUUGAUUCUAAUUAGUGGUUUCUGAUGGUGCAUCGUUGCCUAUUGUCAAAUAAUUAUACAAUAGGCAGGUAAGAAUCCAGGGCAGUGAAUGCACUCUCACCAGCACCUUUGGAUGCUCAACUAUAAUUACAGAAGUCAUUGGACCUUUCUAAACAUUUGGUUUGUACAGCACCAGGACUCCAUCAUGUUUCCAGGAAGGAUAUGUGAGCAGAGCUAAGAAGGCAACACUCCGUGCUGCUGUUGUGUUAGUACUGCGGAUUCUCCUUGGGGGAAGCGGUACCAAGAGUUCUUUGUUUGUAUGAUUUUAUAGGCUUUGUUUCCAUUAGAGAAAUAAAUUGAUGUAAUAUUAUGGAAUCCUAGCACAGAUGGGAGGACUGAUUGUAAAGAGAAUGUAAUCCAGCUGCAGUUGUUCCACCCCUGUAUGUAUGGUUUGGUUAUAUACAAAAGGAGGCAGUGUAUUGCUGUUUUUGGUACUAUGUACCUCUUCCAUGAUUUCUCAUGCCCAAGUAUUCCUGUACUUAAUCACCCAUCUAUUUAAUGUGUUAAAUUGAGAAUCUAUAAGAAUAUUAAAAGUGUUGUCUAUCCUUUU